AUGGAUGCGUGUGUGAUGGAUGCGUGUGUGAUGGAUGCGUGUGUGAUGGAUGCGUGUGUGAUCGAUGCGUGUGUGAUCGAUGCGUGUGUGAUGGAUGCGUGUGUGAUGGAUGCGUGUGUGAUGGAUGCGUGUGUGAUGGAUGCGUGUGUGAUGGAUGCGUGUGUGAUCGAUGCGUGUGUGAUCGAUGCGUGUGUGAUCGAUGCGUGUGUGAUCGAUGCGUGUGUGAUCGAUGCGUGUGUGAUCGAUGCGUGUGUGAUCGAUGCGUGUGUGAUCGAUGCGUGUGUGAUCGAUGCGUGUGUGAUCGAUGCGUGUGUGAUCGAUGCGUGUGUGAUCGAUGCGUGUGUGAUCGAUGCGUGUGUGAUCGAUGCGUGUGUGAUCGAUGCGUGUGUGAUCGAUGCGUGUGUGAUCGAUGCGUGUGUGAUCGAUGCGUGUGUGAUCGAUGCGUGUGUGAUCGAUGCGUGUGUGAUCGAUGCGUGUGUGAUCGAUGCGUGUGUGAUCGAUGCGUGUGUGAUCGAUGCGUGUGUGAUAGAUGUGUGUGUGAUCGAUGCGUGUGUGAUCGAUGCGUGUGUGAUCGAUGCGUGUGUGAUGGAUGCGUGUGUGAUCGAUGCGUGUGAUCGAUGUGUGUGUGAUCGAUGCGUGUGUGAUCGAUGCGUGUGA